AUGCGGAUGCUGUUUGUGCGCCGUAGGCCACCACCUCCUCCGCCGCCUGCCUGUGAACCAGUGGCACCAGCCUGUGCAGCCCCGGCUCCUGCCCUCGGCUCCAGUAGCUUGAUACAUAGGGCAGCGUCCAGACCCACCUCCACCGCUCCCUGUUAUGCGGGCUCCUUCCCCACCUAUGAUGCACGACACCGUAGCAACGCCGUGUACCGGCGUCCUGCUCCCUCUGCCAGCUCCGGCAGGGUAUGCCAUGGCUGGUUAAACACGACAAUUGAUCAGUGA